GUACAGUGAAGGGGCAGGGGGCACUGUUUUGUAGAUGUACAGAGAGUGUGGCGUUAUUCGUACUGUAUACAGUAAAUUGUAGAUGAGGUAGUUGGAUCUUUCAGAACUAACAUCUGCGCCCCUUAUCAGGAAGGCUGGAAUCUGUUGUGACAUACCAGAGAGACUUUUGUUUUUUAUGAACCGUCGCUUUAAUCCAAGUUAAUAAAGUUCGUUUCGCGGAGUUGUAAAUAUGUGUAGAUUAGUGACCGUCGUAAAUUACGCAUUGCAUCGUCAGCCUCGGUGAAGUGCUCACAAAUGCCUCGCACGGACUGCCUUUGGCAUGACUCGCAGAAUUGUCCAAACGAGGACAUCACUAAAAAUAUCAUUGCUGGUCAUCAACAGCAUGGUGGUCCAUAUCACUGCUGACCACCCUUUACUUUCUAUAACACUAAAGGAGUAAAUAACAAUCAUCAUGACGCUAACUGAUAGCGUUAGAACGAGAUUUUCCUAUUUUAAAGGACUUUGUUAAAAUCACUGUCAUGAUGGAAAAGAGAGACGCUGAACACACCAAGGGGACAGCGAGCUGUGCGCAACCGGAGCUGAGCGCAGAUGGAGGGGGACUGGAUGAAGUGCAGAUGCAUCUCGCUUGCUUACCGGAGCGAUACAUGAGGGCCAAGUUUUCACUCUCUGCGUACAUAUUUUGUUGGGCAGUGGUGAAGUUGUGUCAGAGAUCAAGACCAUCCCCAGUUAUACCGCAGGCCCCGGCAUUAGAGGAAUCUGGGAAUGAAGUUUUGGAAGAUGGGGAGUCUCUGCAGGAAGAUUGUAAUGAGCAACAGGAUCAUCAGGAACGGUCUGAGAUGGUUCUUGAAGCAACACGUGACACAACAGAGGAAUAUUUUGAGACACAUUCUUGGCACAGUGACACUUUCUCUGACCUCAGCCAUGAAACUGAGGACUGCUGUUGGAAACCGCUCAGUUCUGAGGCCCACUCUUGCUCUGUGGGUUGUCUGGAAUCACACUCUCCAUGUUUCAAACUCUCUUCUUCCAUUAGAGAAAGGGACCCUUCUUCAGCAGAAAUGCAUCAAACUGUCUUUGACAGUUCGCACAGGGCAGUGGAUAGAAAUAAAUCACAGAUUGAAAAUAGUGAGAUGAUUCAUGUUGGAGAGGAUGACACUGGAAAGUCUGAUGCUAAGGAGUGUGAGGACAUUUACUGCAAUUUGCCAGCAGGAUCUGGACCUGAUUCAUUUGCAGAUGACCUAUCACACAUAGCAUCACCCCUGCUAGCAUCAGAGGACUUAUUAGAAUCACAAAUACUUGGUGUGCAAAGUUGGAAUGAACCAAUAAUACCAUUAAUGGACAGUGGUGCAGUUCAUUCUCCUGUUGGUGACUCUGCUGAUGGAAAAUCUCAAAGUGAUCAAAUAAGCAUAAAUAAGACUCUGUCAGAUCAUAAAGUGCCACAGUUAAUGACCUCAAACAAGAACAAUUUACAGCUUAAAGAUAAUGACACUAUAAAGUUGACCUAUAAUGGCACAGCAGUGGAAGAUUCAGACACAAAACAACUGAACGGACAUGAGCCAAAUCUCCAAAACAGUGAAAUGAGUUUAACUGUGGCCCAACUUCCUUCUGUAGACACAACUCUUUCUGAAUCAACUGAAGCUACUGAAGAGACCGCUGAGAAGUCAGUAGAACACAAUGGAAUACAGUCACAGGUUUCAAUGGAGCACCACCAAGCAGAAGCCACACUACAUCAAAGUCAGCCAGAGGAUUCAAAAAGACACACUCAUCCGCAGGUUUCAGCAGAGCAUCAAAAAGCACAAGAUUUAAAUGAACACAGCCAAUCAGAGGGCUCACCAGAGCACAGCCAAUCAGAGACUUUAGUAGAAAACUGCCCGUCACAGGAUUUUAUUGAAAACAGCCGAACAGAAACAUUAGUAGAACACUGCCAAUCACUUGAAUUAAUGAAAUACUUUCAAUCAGAGGCCACAGAAGAUAUCAGUCAAUCACAGCCUUCACUAGAACAAAGCCAGUCAGAGACCUCAGUAGAAAACAGUCAAUCACAGGAUUCAAAAGAACACAGCCAAUCACAGAGUUCACUAGAACACAGUCAAUCACAGAGUUCACUAGAACACAGUCAAUCACAGUGUUCACUAGAACACAGUCAUUCAGAGGCCUCGGUAGAAAACAGUCAAUCACCGGAUUCAAAAGAACACAGCCAAUCACAGAGUUCACUAGAACAUAGUCAAUCACAGAGUUCACUAGAACACAGUCAAUCACAGUGUUCACUGGAACACAGUCAUUCAGAGGCCUCGGUAGAAAACAGUCAAUCACCGGAUUCAAAAGAACACAGCCAAUCACAGAGUUCACUAGAACACAGCCAAUCACAGGGUUCACUAGAACAUAGUCAUUCAGAGGCCUCAGUAAAAAACAGUCAAUCACAGGAUUCAAAAGAACACAGUCAACCACAGGGUUCACUAGAACACAGGCAUUCAGAGGACACGGUAGAAAGCAGCCAAUCACAGGUUACACUUGAACAAAGACAUUCAGAGCCCCCAGAAGAAAACAGUCAAUCACAGGCUUUACUAGAACGCAGCCAACCACAGUCUUCACUAGAACACAAUCAUUCAGAGGCCUCAGUAGAAAACUGUCAAUCACAGGCUUUAAAAGAGCACACUAAAUCACAGGCUUCACUAGAACACAGUUAUUCAGAGGACACGGUAGAAAGCAGCCAAUCACAGGCUACACUUGAACACGGUCAUUCAGAGGCCUCAGAAGAAAACAGUCAAUCACAGGAUUCAAAAUACCACAGUCAACCACACGGUUCACUUGAACACAGACAUUCAGAGCCCCCAGAAGAAAACAGUCAAUCACAGUCUUUACUAGAACUCAGCCAACCACAGUCUUCACUAGAACACAAUCAUUCAGAGGCCUCAGUAGAAAACUGUCAAUCACAGGCUUUAAAAGAGCACACUAAAUCACAGGCUUCACUAGAACACAGUCAAUCAGAGGACACGGUAGAAAGCAGCCAAUCACAGGCUUCACUAGAACACAGUCAGUCAGAGGACACGGUAGAAAGCAGCCAAUCACAGGAUUCAAAAGAACACGGUCAUUCAGAGGCCUCAGUAAAAAACUGUCAAUCACAUGAUUCAAAAGAACACAGUCAACCACAGGGUCCUCUAGAAUACAGUUAUUCAGAGGACACAGUAGAAAGCAGCCAAUCACAGGCUUCACUAGAACACAGUCAGUCAGAGGACACGGUAGAAAACUGUCAAUCACAGGUUUUAAAAGAGCACACUAAAUCACAGGCUUCACUAGAACACAGUCAUUCAGAGGACAUGGUAGAAAGCAGCCAAUCAAAGGCUACACUGGAACACGGUCAUUCAGAGGCCUCAGAAGAAAACCGUCAAUCACAGGAUUCAAAAGAACACAGUCAACCACACGGUUCACUAGAACACAGGCAUUCAGAGGAAACAGUAGAAAGCAGCCAAUCACAGGCUACACUUGAACACAGACAUUCAGAGGCCCCAGAAGAAAACUGUCAAGUAGAGUUUUUACUAGAACACAGCCAACCACAGUCUUCACUAGAUCACAAUCAUUCAGAGGCCUCAGUAGAAAACGGUCAAUCACAGGCUUUAAAAGAGCACACUAAAUCACAGGCUUUACUAGAACACAGUCAUUCAGAGGUCUCAAUUGAAAACAGUCAAUUACAGGAUUCAGAAGAACACAGCCAACCACAUGGUUCACUUAAACACAGUCAAUCAGAGGCCUCAAUAGAAAACCAUCAAUCACAGGAUUCAAUAGAAAAUAGAAAAUCACAGGCUUCACUAGAAUACAGCCAACCAGAGGCCUCGGUAUUAAUCAGACAAUCACAGGUCGCAGAAGAACAUGGCAAAACAGAGCAUUUAGUAGAACAGAGCCAGACACAUAAUUCAGAAGAACACAACCGAACACUCCCCUCAGAAGAACACAGUCAAACACUCGCCUCAGAAGAACAUAGUAAAUCAAUCCCCUCAGAAGAACACAGUCUGACAAUCCUCUCAGAAGAACACAGCCACCCACUCCUUUCAGAAGAAGACAGGUGCUCCCUCCUCUCAGAACACAGCCAAAGAGUCCCCACAGAAGAACACAGCCAAACCCUCCCCUCAGAAGAACACAGUCAAUCACUACCUUCAGAAGAACACAGUCCUUCACUCCACUCAGAAAAACACAGUCGAUCGCUCCCCUCAAAAGAACAUGGUCAAACACUCCCCUCAGAGGAACACAGACGAUCACUUCCUUCAGAACACAGUCCAUCACUCCCCUCAGAAGAACAUAGUCACUCAUUUCCAUCAGAUAAACACAGUAGCUUACUCCCCUCAGGGGAACACAGUCAGCCAUCCUCCUCAGAAGAACACAGUCAAACACUCCACUCAGAAGAACAUAGUCAAACAGUCCCCUCAGAAAAACUCUGUCGCUCACUCCCCUCAGAAGAACACAGUCAAACAGUCCCCUUAGAAGAAAAUGACGACACAGAAUAUAAACAGAAAAGCAUGGAUGUUUGCACUGACUGUGGGGAAAGUGAAUCCUUACAAACAUCAGAAAGUCUUUUAUCAAAGGAAAGGAGUAGAAAAAGUCUAGAAAAGAGUGAUAGUCUAAAUUUAAAAAAAGUUGAUCACUCAAGUAGUGAAUGUCACACGGGCAGUGAUUUAGCAAGCAUGCCAAGAUUUAAUAUGGAAAAUUCUUGUAACAAACAAGAGUUUAUUGAAACACAGCCUCGUGGUACUCCUGAAAAUUGUGAAAACGAAAAUAUACUAUUUCUAGAGGCUCCCAUGAAUGUUUUAGAAGACAUAAAUAGAACCAUGAAAAAUCCUGUUGUUGCAGACUGUCCGAAAGAAUGUACAAUAAUUCCUUCAGUUGAGGAGUCGGUAAUUUACUCCGGUAUUUCAGGGCCCAUGGAAUACACUAGGCCUGUGUCAUUGACUUUAGUGUGUUUUGACAUGAAGACCACUGUGGUUGAUGGAUGUCCAAGGAGUCCUCUAGACAGCCCAGUCGAGUCUCUGGCUGGUUUGUUUGAGAAUUUUUAUGACAAGUCUCCAGUUAGCCCCACAGACAUUUGCUUUGAGCUCAGCGAUGACCUUCACAUGAACUGUAAACAAACAGCACGUGGCGUUGUAAAUGUUAUGUCUGACACAUGUGAAGAGUACACAAAGAGCUCUGAACAAUUUCUGCCACCUGGCAACCUGUCCUACAAACACACAAGGCUAAAUGAAUCAAUUAACUCUAAACCGUUCGAUCUUGCCAGUAAAUCCGAGCUGGCUGUUGAUGUUUUGUCUAAAGUGUGUUCUGAUCCCCGCACAAAUUCACACUCUCCUUUAGAUUAUUCCCAGUUGAACAGUAGAAGUGAGGCUUUGGUGGUAACAAAUGAAUACAGCUCAGAUACAAAUAAUAACAUUAAGAAUAUUACUGUAGAUGACCAGGCAUCAAGUGUACAUAACACUUUACCUAAUUCCUUGAUAAAAUACCACAGCUUUACUACUAAUAAAAAACAUUUAGAAGAAGAAGUUGAACACUGUAAACAUGAUGACAUUUUAAGUGUUCCCACUGUUUUAAACAGUCUCGCUACCCCAUUUGAAGCACCUGAAAUAAAGACGGCAAUGGACUGUAAAAAUGAUAUUACAAAAUCGUCUGAUCUGGCUGCAUGUAGCAACCACAGAUAUGUUACACAAAAGCAGCCCUGUGACUGGUGUGGUAAGGAGGAUUGUCAGUUGCACUGGACUGCAGUGGAGGAGAGAGCAGGAAGAUUUAAGGACAACAGUCGAACGGCAAUGUUACAAACCUUAACCUCCCUGCACAAAGAUAACAAAUACAGCACCCAUGAAAUUGUAAAUGCAAACUCUUCAAACAUUGAUAUUGUAGUUUUGAAUGCGCCACAGACACAUCUGGAGCUUGUCUGGGAAGAAAACAAGGUACCGUUAAACUACUCUGUUAAGGUUGCUGAUACUCAUGUGUUAGAAAACAUGGAGAGAAGGCUUGUAACUCCUGAAAGUACUGAUUUAUUUUGUGAAACGUCUGAUUGUAGAAAUCUUCGUACACAGCCUUUGCAGCCACCCAACACAGAUGCAUGUUUUGCAUGUUGUCACAUGGUACCCAUCACUAAUUUAGAGGCCAUUGUGGAGUCUGAAUGUUCACCGGAGAGCCCCUUUGUGACGGAGGACAUAUUGGAGGAUCAUCAGAGGGGAUCUCCAUUAUCAGAAGGUGGAUUUGAUGAUGAGUGGAGCUUAUGUGAUAACAUCCCAAACCGCAUUUUUCCUCACUGCCCGCAUGACAGCAACAUUUCUGCCAUAAGUAGAAAUGCAAGGGAGACGAAAGAAGCAAAUGCUGUUGAAAAAGAACCAAAUGCUGGAGAGACAACGUCUAUGAUUUUUAAUGGGAUUGAUAACAGUGAUGACCAUAGUGGUUCCAGUUUUGUAUCACAAGAACUCAUCUCUAGUACCAACAAUGAGGAGAUGGAGGACAGUACUCAGUCACCCUCUAGGUUCACGAGAAGUAAGAGAAAUCACUCAGGGAAGGGAUCCGUGUUCUCUGUAUUCUCUAGAAUGCCUUCGUUCCGCAAGACGAAAAGAGAGCAAAAGGGCAACAACAAGGCUGAUCCAGAAGUUGAGGACUCUGAGGAUGGACAUGAGCGGGAGGAGGUAAAGCCCAAUAUAACACCUAGCAAGACCCACCCAUCAUUUAACAAGAACCCCAUUUCUCAGACUUCAGAUCAUCUUAUCGACAUCAUGAAGUAUGGUGACUACUCCAAAGAUGAUAUUUUUGAAAAGGCCUUUGCCUUAAAUUUUCAAAAUAAGGAGAAAUAUGCACAGUGUGCAUCUCAAAAUGUUAAUCAGUCUGCCCAGCAUCAGAACAAAGAUGGGGAAGCACUGAAUUUUAAAACUUUUCCUAUGACUGACGGAUUACAGCAAAAAAGAAGUAAAAGUACUGAUAACUUAAACCUACGCAUGAAGCUCGCAAUGGCUCAGAAGUCCCUGUCCAGCCUGUUUGAGUCCAAAUAUCCUGAGAGGGACAACCAGGAGCUGCCUACACAGAAUGAAGAGGUGAGAACCAGACAGUCCUGGAGGAAGGUGAAACGACCAAAAGACGUGGAACCGUACAAAAGAACAAUAUCUGUUCCUGGGACGGCCUGUGACACGUCCACACAUCCGAACCACAGUGACUGUAGCUUCUGCUCUCCUCAGAGCAGGUCUAGACUUCACAGCUCACCUGGUUUGAGGAACGUGGGUCAUUCUGAACCUCAGAGCUUUAAAUCUGCACCACAGAAGCAGUUUGAAGAUACAGCUGAGAAAAACUGUCUGGAUGGAGGUGAGCUGCAUAAUGCUGUUUCCUCAGACUCUGACCAUGUUUCUUUAGAUGGCUUUGAGGCUGGGCACAAUGUAGAGAAUAGGUCACAGUCUCCCGUACAACCCGGUGUUCUCACACUUGCAAACCAGCCUACAUGGGGCCGAUCUGUGAGCUAUUUCGAAGCUGCUGACUCUCCGACGAGGCCUUUGAGCCCCAAACCAAACAGUCCUGGGUUGAGGACACAUAAGAGGAGUUUCCGUUACCCCUCAAGGUCUGUGGCUUCAUCUUUGUGCUCGCUCGGUCAGGGAAUGAGCAUCGAGGGUCUCUCUGAUCCUCCUCAAAAGCCAAAAUCUCUGAAGCCAAGGACAGCACAGCUUACUACAGCCCAGUCAUUUGAUUCUGAGUACUUAAUAGAAGACAGCAGUUCAGAUAACCAAUCUCAGUCCAGCCUGACAUCAGGAUCUAUGAACAGUAAACCUGAGCAUGUACAACAAAGUGCUGAGCCAGCUGUCCAGUCAGCAGAGAGAAGACAACAAGGGAACGCAUGUGUGCUUCGAGUAAAGCGCAGAGGACAGGGUGUGGCAGCACCUAGACCCAUGUCAGACCUGUACGGUUGGACGGUAUCUCUUCAGGGCAUCAGAGAGGUGGCAGGUGACCCGGAGAGGAAGAGAGAGUCAACGAAAUCACGACGGCGUUCGUGCUCAUAUGACACACUGACGUAUACGGAGAACAUCCGUAAAAAGAAUCUUAACGCACAGAGAAGUUUGCGCCAGAUUAACAUCCCAACAUCUGACAAGCAUGAGAAAGUUCGCACUAGACUCUCCCUCGCCUCUCCUGAACAGUUCCCCGCCGUCACUCUGAAAGAUCACUUCUUCUCUCAGAGCACACCUAUUGGACUAGACUGCUUGGGGUGGCCUCACCGUGUGUCAUCUUCAGAAUCCAAUCUCACUGCACCAGCACAUCAGGAUAAUGGACAGCUGGCGUUGGUGAUAACUGAUGGAGGACAGGAUAAGUCUGGCCUCGCCGAUGAGGUGGGGAGUGAAGAUGAUCUGUACAAUGAGUUUCGCAGCUCCUCUAAUCGUUUUGGACACCCAGGAGGAGGAGGAGGAGAGCAGCUGGCGAUAAAUGAGCUGAUCAGUGAUGGCAGCGUGUGCGCGGAGGCUCUAUGGGACCAUGUCACCAUGGACGACCAGGAGCUGGGGUUCAAGGCUGGGGAUGUCAUCGAAGUAGUGGACGCCACAAACAAGGAGUGGUGGUGGGGCCGGGUGAUGGACAGCGAAGGCUGGUUCCCUGCCAGCUUUGUUCGGUUACGAGUGAACCAGGAUGAGCCAAUGGAUGAGUAUCUAGCCCAUCUGGACGGGGUCACAGAGGGGGGUGGGGCCAGUUUAGGGGGACCCUUAGGACCCGGUCUGCCCUGCAAGGAGCAGAUGAGAGCCAAUGUUAUCAAUGAGAUCAUGAGCACAGAGAGGGAUUACAUCAAACACCUGAAAGACAUCUGUGAGGGCUAUAUAAAACAGUGUCGGAAGAGGACAGACAUGUUUACCGAAGAGCAACUGCGUACUAUUUUCGGCAACAUCGAUGAGCUGUACCGCUUUCAAAAGAAGUUUGUCAAAGCCUUGGAGAAGAAGUUCAACAAAGACCAGCCACACCUCAGCGAGAUAGGCUCGUGCUUCUUAGAGCAUCAAACAAACUUCCAGAUCUACUCCGAGUAUUGCAACAACCACCCCAACGCCUGCGUGCAGCUCUCCAAACUCAUGAAGAUCAAGAAGUAUGUCUUCUUCUUUGAGGCCUGUCGCUUGCUGCAGAAGAUGAUUGACAUUUCUCUAGACGGGUUCUUGCUUACUCCUGUGCAAAAGAUCUGCAAGUACCCUCUACAGCUGGCUGAACUGCUCAAGUAUACCAACCCACAACACAGAGAUUAUAAGGACGUGGAGGCUGCCUUAAACGCAAUGAAGAAUGUGGCCAGACUGAUCAAUGAGAGAAAGAGGCGUCUGGAGAACAUUGACAAAAUUGCUCAGUGGCAGAGCUCCAUAGAGGACUGGGAGGGUGAAGACAUAUUGAGCAGAAGCUCUGACCUGAUUUUCUCAGGAGACCUGACAAAGAUCUCCCAGCCACAGGCCAAAGGCCAACAGCGCAUGUUCUUCCUGUUUGACCACCAGUUGGUUUUCUGUAAAAAGGAUCUGCUUCGGAGGGACAUCCUUUAUUACAAGGGUCGGUUAGACAUGGAUCAGAUGGAAGUGGUAGAUGUGGAAGAUGGGAAAGAUAAGGACUUUAAUGUGAGUGUGAAGAAUGCCUUGAAAUUGUGCUCUCCCGGAGGAGAGGAGGUCCACCUCCUGUGUGCCAAGAAACCUGAGCAGAAGCAGCGCUGGUUGCGGGCCUUUACAGAUGAACGGGAACAGGUCCAGCAUGACCUCGAGACAGGUUUCACGAUCACAGAGGUCCAAAAGAAGCAGGCGAUGCUGAAUGCAUCUAAAAGUCAUCCAACAGGGAAACCUAAAGCUGUGACCAGGCCCUACUAUGACUUCCUGCUGCGUCAGAAGCAUCCCACGCUCCCCACCUCCCUUCCCCAGCAGCAGGUCAUCAUGUUGGCUGAACCCAAACGCAAGACCUCCAAUUUCUGGCACAAUAUCCUAACACCGUUCAAAAAAUGAGGGACUGGACUCAAGGUUAUGCCUGCCCUGAACAUGUGUUUUUAUCCCAGUGUAACAUUUUUUAUUGUCCAAAUGCGAAAGCACUUUAUGGGUUGUUACAAUCACAGCAUCACUCCCAGACAUUGACCGUUGUGGGGAGGGCAUUCCUGCUAUGUUAUUUACAUUGAAAAGACAGCUACUACUGCUCGAACGCUUCACUUUUCAGAACUGCUGCAAGUCAUCAUACGGACACGCUUUGACCGCUUCAUCGAAGGCUGGAAGAAAGGACUUCUUUCUAUGCUGGAUGAUUUAGUUUCAAUUUUCAAUGUAAGCCAGCUAUCCACAGUGCCCAACUACUAGCUUUUAUAUGUAAUUUGAUACUUUUGUGUGACCCAUGAUGAUGUUUAAAGUUUAAAAGGGUUUUGCACAAGAUAUAGAUUGUGUUGAGAUUUAUUACUGUAUUAACUUGGCUGUCAAAAGAAAUCUGUUAAUAUGCCAGUCUGUGUAUGCAAACUAAGCUGAAAUUUCUUGUCAUUAAGCCUCUAAAUUAUACCCGGACAAAGUCCCAUCAGUCCUCACCGGUUCAGAUGAGCAUUUCAUGUAUGUGCUGCUCAUUCUAUUCUGCGGCCUAAAUAACUCCUCAGUAACAAACUUCAUUUUGAAGUGCCAUUCAAAACGUAACCCAGAUAUUGUGAUGGGCUGCAUGAAUUUGCUGUGAAACCCAACAAUUUCAACCCAAAUAAAAUCCUCAAUAUCUGUCAUUCAGAUAGAUAUUUUAACUAUUUAAUUAAAGAGUAUGUUUGGCGGUUGUGUCAAAUAUGUAUAUAUUACCUUUGACCACGGAACAAAGUAUGUUAAUAAAAGAUAUUUGUAAGUGUUAUGAUGA